AUGAUCACUCACGACGUCGCUGCAAUUGCUGCUGAAUGUACUGGUCAACUUGCCGCUGAAUAUGCCGCUGCCUCUCCUGCUGCCUUUGACGUUGUCUUUGACGUUGCCGUUGACGCGGCGUUUGUUGCUGCAUUCGAGGUUGCAUUUGAGGCUGCAUUCGAAGCUGCAUUUCCUGAUACCGUGGCUGCUGGAUUGGCUGCUGGAUUGGCUGCUGGAUUGGCUGCUGGAUUGGCUGCUGGAUUCGAGGCUGCUGGAUUCGAGGCUGCUGGAUUCGAGGCUGCUGGAUUCGAGGCUGCUGGAUUCGAGGCUGCUGGAUUCGAGGCUGCUGGAUUCGAGGCUGCUGGAUUCGAGGCUGCUGGAUUCGAGGCUGCUGGAUUCGAGGCUGCUGGAUUCGAGGCUGCUGGAUUCGAGGCUGCAUUUGCUGAUACAUUUGCUGAUACAUUUGCUGAUGCAUUUGCUGCUGCAUUUCAUGCUCCAUGUACUGUUGCAUUUGCCGCUGCAUUUGUUGCCUUUCUUGCUGCAGUUGUCUCUGUCGCCAUACUCUUCCAGCAUUGA